UCACAUGCAUCUGGUGGUCUGGUCUUUCACAAUCUGAUGUUGUUCACUAACUGAAAUACCAGCCAGUCUCCUAACAACGCACAACGUCAAGAUGAUUGUGUUGUGGUUUGCAUUGCUUUUCCUUCAUCCAGCAUACACACUGGUUCCAGUGAAAACAGUUGAGCUUGGUAAACCUACAUCCUUUACAUGCGUUAUACCCAAAGAGCUCAGUACUAGAGAAAUCCACUGGUACAAGCAGAGUGCUGGAGAUACUAUGAAUGUAAUUGUGACACUGUGGAAAUCUACAGCACCUGAGUAUGCAUCAGCAUUUAAAUCGAGAUUUAACAUAAGCACUGAUGACAGUUUUAGCAACUUGACAAUUUUGUGGACAAUUCAAGAGGACGAGGGCAUGUACCAUUGUGCUUUCACAGAAUGGAUCAAGACUAAAUGGAGUGCGACAUACUUGAUUGUGAAAGGGAAAACUGAGGGUUCAUCCAGCUAUACUGUUGUUCAGACAGUAUCAGAUCCAGUCCGUCCAGGAGACUCAGUGACUCUCCAGUGUUCAGUCCUCUCUGACUCUGAGGACAAGACGUGUCCAGAAGAUUUCAGUGUGUUCUGGUUCAGAGCUGGAUCCCAUAAAUCUCACCCAAAAAUGAUCUACACUGAUGGAGAUACAAGUAAUGAAUGUGAAAGGAGAUCUGACACCCAGAAUAGAUGUGUUUAUCGCUUCUCUAAGGACGUCAGCUCCUCUGAUGCUGGAACUUACUACUGUGCUGUGGCCACAUGUGGAGAGAUAUUAUUUGGAAAUGGAACUAAUGUGAAUGCCCAAGAAAGCAGCAUGUUCUCAAAGAUGGACUCUGCAGUUAAUUUAAUUCUGAGUGCGGCCUUGACUAUGAGUCUGAUCGUUAUAGUCAGCCUCCUGUGCACCAUCAAGGAAAAACAGUGUGAGACUUGCAAAGCUGCCGAUGUCCUGCAGAAGAACUGUGAUCAGAAACAGAAGGAACCCAGGAUUUAUUCGGCUGCCGUCUUUACUGCAAUGAAAGCUGGCAGUGAUGCAAAAAAAGCAGCAGAAAAGAAGAGGAUCUACACUGCUCUCAAAGCUUUUGGUUUGGAUUAAAAUCAUUGGCGGUUUUACACAGGGGCCAACAGGGGCCCGUGCCCCUGUAAAAUUGCUCCUGGCCCCCGUUGUGGCACCCGUGCUGAAUGGAUAAUAGGUUUAUUCAUUUCUACACGGACUCCUUGAAGUGCUACACACACAGUGUUACCCAGUUCUGAAAGACCGGCAGUGCGAAUUUGGAACUUGUGAUGUUAAAGCGAACAGCCAACAGCCCCGCACGGACUACUGCAAAGAGGCCAAGUUUGGAAAACGAUUCAAUUUCAUAACGUCAGUGACAAAAUAAGUCACAUAUUUGUGUUUUACUGUUGUUCAUUACAAUGAUAAAAUCUGUUUUUAUUGUGUUUAAUUGCGGCUUGGUCUUGUUAUGUUUGUGAAUAAGCAAAGCUAUUGAAGUCAGUAAACAUGAUGUCACGCUUGGGAAAUGGGUGAAAUAACCAACAGCAUGUAGUCUACUUGUUUAAUUAAAAACUUAAAUGGCCUUCUGAGAGUAGAUAAUAUUUUUUAGUAGGUUAUCAUCAUGAAACAGAGUAAUAAGGACAUUAUGUCCUUCUUUAAAAAAAAAUUCUCUCUAUUUUUCCUGCUGACUGUACAUAAAGAAAGAGUGAGAUGAUGAGUGUGAUUUAGAUAAAGAUAGUGUGAUUGAACAUUCAAGUCUCAUGCUGUGAAAAAGAACUCUGCGUGUAGCUAAAUGCUUAGAUUAAGAAAGUGUCAUUGUGCAGAUGAAAGUGUUAUUUUAUGCAGAAAGAGAAAUCUUAUUUUUACGUAAAGCGCAAACAUGGUUUCAAGGUUUAUUGAGCACAUUUUAUCUUAUGUUUAUUGAAACAAAAAAUGUUUGUCUUAUUGUAUUAAUACUAAGUAUUGUGUUAAUACUUAAUGUAUUUUGUUGUGGUUUUAA